AUGUUUCUGCAGAAAUUCGGUUUCGAAAAUUCUUCAACAGGCGCAACAUCCGAACUAUUCAGUUCGCCAAAAGACUAUUAUCAUUAUGCAAACAACCUCGACAACAACAAAUACGCUAGAAACUUUCUAGCACGAAACUAUAGAGACGGAACCGGCGGCGCUAAUAUCAACAAUCAACAAGCGUUCUACUGGGCAAAGGAGUCCGCAGCACUCGGAUUCACGUCAGGACAGUAUAAUUUGGGAUACUGCUACAUAAAAGGAAUCGGUGUGACGCCUUCAGAUGAGUUGGCAUUCUAUUGGUUUAAAGAAGCUGCUAAAAUUACUAGUUCUAUGGCGGAAUAUAGUGUCGGAUUUUGUUAUCGAAAUGGAUUUGGGACUCCGGUGAAUCAGUUAAAGGCUACUUAUUGGUUCCUUCGUGCUGCGUCUCAUGAUGAUGGGGUUGAUGGUUUGGCACAAUAUGUGUUGGCAGGCCGUUAUCAUAAGGGAAAUGGUGUGAAUCGUGAUGUUCAUAAAGCCAUACGUUUUGGGAUUAGGGCUAUUCAAUUUGAGCUCCGUACUGAGAACAAUGGACAGCAAAAUGCUAUGUAUUCUUUGAUUAAUAUUUUUUCUAAUGGUUUCCAUUUUUUGAUGUAA